ACACGUCACGUGAUACAUCUGACAAUCACAGCAAGACGAUGACGAGUUGCCCUUUACGAAUGUACGACAGUUGUGGAUUUAUCCUGUCCAGAGGCAUAGCGACAAUCGUGUAGAAGAUAUUCCCUCGUCUGACAGAUAUCAAUCGAGACUGUGCUCCAGACAGAUAUGGCAGAGAAAGGUACGUCGGUCCACGUCACUGGUAACCAAGGAACCGCCAACAUCGUGUAUGCCAUCGGAAUCCACCAAGGGACUCUAAACGUAAACAACUGCGUUGAUGAAGAAAGGCUACGCCAUUUAAAAGAACAAACAAGGAAAGAUAUUGAUAUCUGGAACAGAGGAAUGGUCAGAGUGUCUGCCAUUGAAACCGUCAUAGAGAAGCUUCAAACAAGGCACCGAUGGGUUACUGUUACCGGAAAUGCUGGUGAUGGCAAGACAACUCUUGGUUACAUGACGCUGAAGAGUCUGCAGGAUGAUGGGAAGGAAGUGUUCAAGAUCGAUACUCCCGAGGACUACUUCGUUGUCGUAAGGAAGGCUCCUGACAGUGUUGUUUUCAUGAAUGAUGUUUUGGGCGCUUUUGAUUUUGACCAAAAAAGUUUUAGCACUUGGCUUCCCGUUUUUCAGAUCAUUUUAGAACGACAGACAAAGGAUACUGAACACAAAGAUGGUCCACGCAUAAUAUUUGUGAGCAGGCUCAAUAUUUUGGAAGCUGCAAGGAAUCAACUUGGAAAAUACGGAGACGUCAUUUUAGAAGAGGAUGCAAUAGUCAAUCCCGAUAAGCUGAACACAGACAGGGAGAAACUUGACAUAUUAGACUUUCAUCUGUCCAGACAUCAUAUAAGUGACAUUCCAGAGAGUACCAAGAUGCAACUAUAUAGUCAGAGUCCUCAUGGGUUUCCUCAUUGCUGCGAGAUGUAUGUUGAACUGAGAACCAGUGGACAUGAAAUUGAUAUUGACAAUUUCUUUUCUUCACCUCUCAAAUUUCUCAAUUACACCACCCGAGUUUUGAUUGAUAAGCAGAAAUGUUAUGAUCAUUUUAAAAUACUCCUGAAGGCUGGUGGUCAAUUGGAUAUUUCAAGCCUUACAGAUGCAACACUAAGAACAGAGAUGCAAAGCACUGCUUCUGGUUUAUUAGGAAGCUAUCUUAAAAUGAGUGGAAAUGGUGUUGCUUUCUCCCACCCAUCCAUCUAUGAGAGUGUGGCAGUAGCAGUUGGAAACAAAGACCCUCUCUUUGCUGCACAAGAGUUUCCUGUUUCAGUCAUCAUGCAAAAGUGUAAGGUGCAUGUGCCACAAGAAAGAGAAAUUGAGAUGUACAUCUUCUUCAAAGAAUCAUCCUCAGCCAUGGACGCACUUGUUCAGAGGCUGGCUGCAGAAAUACGUCAGGGGAACUAUACCGUGAUACAACAUGAGCUCUGCUUUAAAAAGAAGUUCUUUGAGCAGGUGAUACGCUCAAGUGUCUCUACCUCAUUUUUCCGUUUUGGCCAGGAAUGGAAUCGUGUUGGUAUCAAUCAGAGAGACAGUACAGGGGGAACCCUGCUGCAUGCAGCUGUUGGAUGUUGCAACUACAUCGCUGCUAAGAUCCUGCUGGAAAGCGGAGGAUACGCGAACAUUUCAAGAAAGCCAGACAUUUCGACUGAAAUUAUGCUUGUCUCUUUAGUCGCAAGCAUCUUCCACAAAAACGGAUUUCUUCUUCUUAGAUACCUAGGAUAUGGAGAGACUGCACUUCAUACUGCAUGCAUGAUUCAAGAUGUAGACGUUGAUCUUCUUCGUCUGUUGAUUGAUCAUGGUGCAGACGUCAACAGGACUACUGAGCAUGGAGAGACGGCCUUGCACUUGCUAUGUCAGUGGGAAAGCAAAGAUGACCGGGAAGACAGUUGGGACACAGUGAUGGUCGGAUGCUAUCUAUAUGUGUGCAAAGAACAGAAUAGAUAAAGAGGCACCAGAAGCUACACUGCGUUCUUUGAAGGAAAAACAUUACGGACCAGAGACUGCACAGAUGAAGGCUAUCACACUGUUGAUACAAAGGGGGGCGGAUGUUAUGAAGAGAGAUACAUAUGGACAGACACCCCUUGACCUGCUGUGUCGGGGAUAGCGUGUAAAUGUCAGAACAGUUCAAACCU